AACAACAACAGGCAACAGAUAGUUCUAGGAGGGGGUAGGGAGGCACGUUAGUAGGACACGUGCAGGAAAUGAAAGGGUUGGGGUUGAAGGGUUGGAUGAUACAGAUGGUUACGUAAGCCAAGGGCGAAAUUUAUUGGGGCUCAGUCCUCAGUCUGAAAGGUCUUGAUAUUUAAAUGGCUACGAGUGAUAAUAACAUGUGUGAUAAGGCGACUGUUCUGUGGUUCCGAAGAGGUUUACGUCUUCAUGACAAUCCUGCCUUAAUCAAAGCAUUGUCAACUAAAAAUGUAUUCUACCCCAUUUUUAUUUUUGAUGGAGAAACAGCAGGUAUUACUAAGGAAUCUAGUUAUAACAGAGUACGCUUUUUUCUGGAGAGCUUAAAAGAUUUAGACAGACAGUUACGUGCAAAGAAAGGGAAAUUGCACUUCAUCAAGGGUGACCCUGUUAAAGUGUUUGAAGCUAUUCAUAAUAUUGUGCCUUUGGAAUUAGUUUCUUUCGAGCAGGAUCCAGAACCAAUGUGGGAGUCUCGGGAUUCUAAAGCGAAAGCCUAUUUCGAUCAACAUACAAUCAAAUGGACAGAAGAAAUAUCUCACACUCUGUGGAACCCUCUUGAUAUUAUCAAGGCCAAUGGCGGUGUUCCACCAUUAACCUAUGAAAUGUUUUUGCACAUUUUGUCUGUAGUCGGUGAUCCACCUAGACCUGUGGAAGAUCCUGAAUGGGAGGGAGUGAAAUUUGGAUUUCUGCCUCUUAAUAUUGGAAAUGAAGUAACAGUAUACCAUUCCAUACCAACACCUGAACAAUUGGGUUACCUCCAAACUAGAAGUUCAGAUCAGCAAAUUAAUAGGUGGAUUGGUGGAGAGCAGACUGCCCUGAUAAAACUUCAAGAUCGAUUGAAAGUUGAAGAGAGGGCUUUUUUAGACGGAAUUUAUCUGCCAAACCAAGCAAGACCAAAUCUUUUAGGUCCUUCUUCCAGUCAAAGUGCAGCUUUAAGUUUUGGUUGCCUAUCUAUUCGAAAAUUUUACUGGGCUGUGCAUGACAUGUUUAAUAAAAUAUAUUUGGGCCAUACUCAGUUAAAUCAAAGCAUUACAGGACAAUUCAUUUGGAGAGAAUUUUUCUAUACAAUGUCUAUAAAAAAUCCGUAUUAUGGUGAAAUGGAGCGCAAUCCCCUUUGUCUUAAUUUACCGUGGACUAAGAAUCGUGAAGAUCUUGCCAAAAAGUGGGAAAAUGGUUUAACAGGAUAUCCAUUUAUUGAUGCUGUCAUGAGACAAUUACAUCAGGAAGGAUGGGUUCACCAUGUUGCUCGUAAUGCAGUGGCAUGUUUUCUGACAAGGGGGGACUUAUGGAUAAGCUGGGAAGUCGGUCUUCGAUUGUUCCUACGCUUAUUAUUGGAUGCCGACUGGUCUCUGUGUGCAGGAAACUGGAUGUGGGUCUCCUCCUCAGCCUUUGAACAACUAUUAGAUUGCAGCUCUUGUGUGUGUCCUGUGAACUAUGGGCGUAGGCUAGACCCACAAGGAGAGUACAUUAGGAGAUACAUACCAGAACUGAGGAACUAUCCUAUAGAGUAUCUGUAUGAACCCUGGAAAGCACCACUUAAAGUACAAGAGAUGGCAGGGUGUUACAUUGGACAAGAGUAUCCAGAACGUAUUGUAGAUCAUGCUGUUGUUUCUGAAAAAAAUAGAAAGAUGAUGGAAAAUAUCAGAUUAACCCUUGUUGAGGAAAGCACACCACACUGCUGUCCAUCUAACGAAGAGGAAGUUCGACAGUUCAUGUGGUUACCAGAAUCUUGUUCGGAUUACCUGUGUGCCAACAGAAAAUAACAUAAUUAUUGUCACUGCUGUGUGUACCAUUCCCGGCCAUUCCACUUUGUGUGUUGUGUUUUGUAGUGUGUGUUGGUUUGUGAAAUGUAUUGGUAUUGAUUUUACAAAGCGAGCAAUCAUCAAUCAAAAUUACAUCAAAUUGUUGUGAAUUGAUCAAAAUUUUGUGAAAACUGGGACAUUUUUGCAUCAAAAUUUCAUUUUUGAUGUGAGAUUGACGUCAAAUUGAUGUGCCUUCAUUGAACAUUGCUCGCUGGUUUAUUUUGAUGGUGUUCUGCACCUAAUGUUAUUACGACAUUCUGCACCAAAUGUGAUAUUAUUGCCGUCCUGUGUUAGGACAGCAGCAUGUACCCAAUUAAUUGUGAUAGGAUUUAUAUAUUGUGAUAUUUUUUGUUGUUUUAUCUUCUUGUUUAGAGCACGUUUCUUGAUACUCUUAUAAAUGAUUUUUAGGGACACAUGAA